AUGGGGGAGAAAAAAGGGGAAGAACAUGACAUUGCUGCAAACCUUACUUUUUGUUUAUUUCAAAUAAUUAUUUUUGAAUUAAAUUAUUUUCUUAGUGUCAGCACAGAAAAAACUCAAAAACAAUUAAUUAAAGAAUUAACUUUUAUUUGGACAAAAUUAAUUGAAAAAAUAAAUAUUCAGAAUUUUGAACUUUGCCCAUUUCUUCAGAUUUGUACUGUUAUUUUAUUAAAUAUUACAUCUACUUUAGAGAAAGCAGAAACGAUUAAUAAUAUUUGUAGAAUUAUAUUUAGACGAAUUCGGAAAAAUUGUUUGUUUGAAAAAUGUACGGAAAUUAUGGAGAAGGAUGUUUGUGUGAAUAAUGGAAAUAAUGAGAAAUUAAAUAUUGAUGAGAAUCAAAAUAAUAUUUUAUGCAGUUAUAAUUCUGUGGUAUUCCGUGUUUUGGUCAUUCCAUAUUCUGUCCAUUCCUGUUAUGGGAAGACUGAAUUAUUUGAUUUGCUUUUCCGCAAUCUAGCUUCUUUUUGGUCUAUUUGCCCCAGCAAAUUGCACAUUCCUGUUAUGCAAUUUCUAGUCACAUUUUCUCAAAACAAAAACUCCCUCAAAUAUUUCCUUUUUUGUCUCGCAAAAAAUCCGUCUAUUCGGUUUGGAGAAUUUCGGCAAUCUAUAGAAACAUCUCUAAUUAAUGUUCUGCCUUCACAUUUUACAAAAAAUGGAAUUUUAAAUUGGUCUAAAUUAGCUAAGGAACGCUUAAAAAGAAGAAAAACACCAAAAUGCGACUUCCAUAAUGAUUGGAAUUCAUUAUUAGAAAUCUUUGAGAAAAUUGAUGAUGAGAUUGAAGUUGAUACUAAUGAAAUUUUGCUUCGCAAUUUAUCCAAAAAGACGAUUACACAAAUUAUUUCUUCCGUUCCUUUCAAACAAUUGGCCAAUUCUCCCCCAAAAACAAUUCGUGCUUCUUUAAAACUUUUAUAUUUACUUGCUUCUCAACAACACAAAGUUGAAUUACCUUUUACAAUUGAAUUAAUUAAUUUAAUGGAGGCAGAGCCUGAACCAAAAAUUUAUUCUAUAAAAAUUGUGGAAAGAAUAUUGAAGUUUCACACUCGUCAACCAGAAAUGUUAGCAGAUUUACGGGAUUUGAGUGCUCUCUGCUUUGCUAUGUUUCGUCCUUUAGACCAGCCAUGGGCCGAUCACAUUAAUGAACCAAUUAAAAGGAAAUAUUUAUUGGCUGAAUUGAGCUUUUUAAGAACUUUUUUGGUCUCUGUGCCUAUUUUAUUGAAUUCAUUUUCCCCAGUGAUUACACAAUUGUUGCCAGAGUUCUUUAUUCAGGUAAACAAGGAGAAACAAUGGUUCGAAAUUUCUGUUUCCUAA